UUAAAUGAAAUCCACUUCUUCUUUCUUAAAAGUUUCAGCCAGUUAUACCUAUGUACAAUUGUCAAUUCAACAGCAUAGCAUUACUCUCAUUGUUUUCAUUACUUCGUUGUUGAACAUGAAAAAAUUUCACUUUUUAAUAAUUUUGAAAAACUCAAAAUCUCAAAUUUUAUACUAAUUGAAAUUGUGACAACAGCGUCAGUAAAUGAGCACAUUAACUAUUGGAUGUAAAUUGGUCGAUGUUUUUAGGCACUGAUCUAGAUGUUAAUCACGAAUUAAUAUCAUUUGAAAUCUGUAAAGAAUUAGGUGAAUAUUUAUGUGGAUUACAUUCAAUUGAACUGAAACAAUUUGGCUAUAUGAGUGAACAUAAAGAUAUUGGUGUUUAUUCAUCAUGGUAUCAAAUGUUUGAGUUGGACUUUAAUAAUCUUGUUUUAAACCAAUCAACGUUUCUUGAUAAAGAACAAUAUGAACAAACAAAACAAAUUUAUUUAUCAAUAAAAAUAUAUUUAAUAGAAUUUAAUCGAUCCGUACUUGUUCAUGGCGAUAUAGCUGGAGAUAAUAUACGCAUAUCAUCAUCCACAAACGGCCAUUUAAACGGUAUUAUUGAUUAUGGUGAUUGUUUAUGUGGUGAUGGUUUAUAUGAUUUAGGAAGAUUAUUAGUGUUUGUUAAAGUUGAAUGGAAGUAUAUUGAUGAUGUUGCACACGGUUAUAAACAACAAGAAACAAAAAAAUGGACAAAAAAUGAAAAAGAAUGUAUUCAGUUUUAUGCAUGCUAUUUCGCUCUGUGGAUGGAAGUUGAUAAUGUAAUCAUGGAAAAAUUGUUAAAACCAAUUCAAGAAUGA